CAGUAGACAGGUCGACGCGGUAGACAGUGUCAGUGUUGCGAUUUUCUCAUAUUCCACUCCAAAAUGCCACACACGCCGACUCCGACUGACGAACAACUUCCAGACUUCAAGAAAAACCAUAAGGUCGCACCCUUGAUGACCACAGCGUCUGGAGCUCCUGUAGAGGACAAGACCUCAACACUGACCGCUGGGGUUGUCGGUCCUAUAGUUCUGCAAGACCUGACACUUCUAGACGAACUCGCAUACUUUGACCGGGAGAGGAUUCCGGAGAGGGUGGUGCAUGCAAAAGGAGCAGGUGCGUUUGGAUAUUUUGAGGUAACCAACACCCAGAUAACCCAGUUUUGCAAGUCAACGCUGUUCUCUGACAUCGGGAAACGAACUGAUGUUGCGGUGAGGUUCUCCUUCGUUUCGGGAGAGAGUGGAUCUGCCGAUACAACAAGAGAUCCUCGAGGCUUUGCAGUAAAAUUUUACACGGAAGAAGGCAACUGGGAUUUAGUUGGUAACAAUACACCAAUCUUCUUCAUGAGGGACCCUCUUCUUUUUCCCAGUUUUAUCCAUACACAAAAAAGAAACCCUCAAACACAUCUGAAGGAUGCUAACAUGUUCUGGGAUUUUAUCACUCUACAACCUCAGACGACUCACCAAGUUAUGUUUACGUUUUCCGAUCGUGGAAUACCUGACGGAUACAGGUUCAUGAACGGUUACGGGUCUCACACAUUCAAAUUGGUCAAUGCUGCAGGCCAUCCUGUCUACUGCAAGUUCCAUUUGAAGAGCAAUCAAGGAAUCCGAAAUUUGACCAACAGCCAGGCAACCCAAAUUGCAGGCAUGGAUGCAGACUAUGCCAUCAGGGAUCUCUACAAUGCCAUUGGUCGAGGAGAGUUCCCUUCCUGGACAUUUGCUGUGCAGAUCAUGACCUAUGAGGAGGCUGAAAAAUUUCCUUGGAACCCUUUUGACUUGACUAAGGUAUGGCCUCAGGCAGACUACCCUCUGAUGGAAGUAGGUAAAGUAGUGUUGGACCGCAAUCCUGGGAACUACUUUGCAGAUGUAGAACAAGCAGCGUAUAGUCCUUCCCAUCUGAUCCCAGGCAUUGAGCCCAGUCCUGACAAAAUGCUCCAGGCCAGAUUAUUCUCAUAUCCUGACACUCAUCGGUAUCGCCUAGGGACGAACUUCCUACAGCUUCCAGUCAACUGUCCUUACAGGGUGUCUAUUGUAAAUAACCACAGAGACGGGACGAUGCGGUACGGUGACAACCAGAAUGGCUCGCCCAACUAUUUCCCCAACAGUUUCAGAGGACAAAAAUUAGACCCCAGAGGUGGCAUAGCUCCUUACCCUGUCACCGGAGAUGUUACUAGGUACAACAGUGAAGAUCAAGACAACUUCACCCAACCUGCGUUGUUCUGGAGCAAAACUCUGACGGACCCUGAAAGAGCCAGGCUUGUCAGCAACAUCGUGGACCACUUGAAGGAUGCUGAAGACUUCUUGCAGGAUCGAGCGGUAAAGAUGUUUAGCCAGGUGAAUGUAGACUUCGGCCAAAGAAUUGCUGAUGGACUGCGCAAAGCUAUCUUUACAGACAAAUUUCUCCAUCUUGUCUUGUCCAAAAACAUGUAAAUCCCUUAAAACUUAGUGAUGCAACUUACAAUAGAUACUCUUAUUUACUUGGGUUAGUUCUUAGUCAUAGGUACAACAAUCCUGAUCAAAACUAUUUGAGUAUAUUAUUAACUUUAAAAUUGGUUACAAAGAUGUUUUUUGAAAUCAAAUUAUCUCCAUAGAAUGUAUUUAUUUAGUAAAUACAUUUAUAAGGGCUUUUAAUUUGUAUGAAUAUGAUACAACUUGUAACAGUUAAAUCAAUACCUUAGCUUCUUGUACUGAUAUAUGUACCUUAACAACUAAUAAUUAGUAUGUGUAUUGGUAUUAAUAAAAUAUUCUUGGAAAAACAGUUAAAUAUUUUUUGUGGUAAUCACCAAUGAACUAAUUAUUUCAUCCAAAGUUUUUCAUAAAUAAUAUACUAGUAGAGAGAUGUUACCUAUCUAUUAGUUUGAUCUAUUAAGUUUGGUUAAUAAUCAAUAAUUUAUAUACAGGAGGAUGUUAGUAGCAUACAUUAAUGAAAUAUAAAUAAAGAACAAGAAAUGUAACCACAUGAGCCAAAUUAUUUCGGAUCCAAAUCAUUAAGAGGGGGCCGGACAUAGCUCAGCGGCUCCCGGCCGUGAGCGACAAUUUAACAUGGAGCGCAACUUAAAAUUCCCGGUUUUCAGGACUAUGUGGGCUUCUAAAAUUUUUUAAAGAAACACAAAGCAUAGAAAAUAGAUAAGGGAAUCAACCUAUUGGGAACUGAGAAGAAGUCUCCUCACAGCUUCGCACUUUGGUCGCGUGUGCAAAAUACGGGAAACGACAGGUUGUGAAUCCAUAGUAAAGCAGAUUCUAUACACCACUGUGGACUGCGAAGCAAUGACUUAUGGAAGAAGAAACGAAGAUGUUGCUCUAAAAGAGCUAGAGAGUAUUUUAAGUGAAAAGGUGGAUAAAUGUGGCCUUUUCAUAGACAAAGACCACUACUACCUUGGAGGAAGUCCUGACGCCUUGGUCAAAGAUAAUGCGACAGUUGGGAUCAAAUGUCCGUUAUCUGCUCAAGAAAUGACUCCAGAUGAAGCCAGCUCCGGUGCUCCUAUUGACUUAUAUUUUACAUGUCUAUGAAAAUAAUUGUUGGCACAGGAUCAAAUGUUAACUCUAUAAUGCCCAGUGCCCACUACUCUGCCUUGUCGAAACUUUCAACAGUUUUAUUGUGCCAGCCCAAGUGGUCCUGACCCUUGGGGUAAACAACCCUACGUUUUUUGCCCUUCCUGAACGACCGGUCCGCCAUUAGAACUGCCUUGCCGACUGAUACCGUGAGCCAGCGCCACAACUGUAAGUGAGUAACCAGAGCAUUAAAAGACGAUUUUGAGUCUAUGUCCGGGCCCCCUCUUAAACCAAAUUACUCCCAUAAUGAACCCAAAUCAAUAGUUGUUAAAAUUUAAUAGAAAAUUAGAAGAACAUCUAGUUAAGAGGGAAUUAUACUCACUAGAUGAGUUUUUAAUAACUAGUGGCCUUAAAUUGAAGAUUUGCUUACAGAAAUUAUUAAGGUUUAAAUAUCAUAAAACCAAUGUAAAAAACACUUAUUAGUUUUAUGGAUUAGUAAAAAAAUGUAUGACACAUUUAAUGUACUAAUGUUACAAAACAAUGAGUAAAGCAUGUUUUGAUAUAAAAAUAAAUGGUUUAGCUGUGUUCAUGAUCAGUGAUGUUUAUUUUUUUUUUUUAGAAACCACAUUACUUUAUCUUAAGUAUCAUACAAAUGAUUCUGACUGUAAAUCAAAUUGAAAUUUGUAUGCCAUCAAAUGUUGUCUAUAUGAAUAAAAAAACUUAAGCAUGAAA